GCUGCGGCCCUGGUUGCCGGAGGGAGGAGAAUGCGCGUGCGCGCGGGGCCCGGGAAGUAACGUUCGGCGCUUGCCGUUAGAGCAGAAGAAGAAGAAGAGGGCGGGCGAGAGCGCUUGCGCGAGCGGGGCAACGGCGACGACUCAGCCCCGGGUGGAGGGAGACGGACGCCAGGCAGGAGCUGAGAGGUCGCAGCGCCGCUUCCCCUCCCCCACGUCACCAUGGCUGAUCAGCUGACAGAGGAGCAAAUAGCAGAGUUCAAAGAGGCCUUCUCCCUCUUUGACAAGGAUGGCGACGGCACCAUCACCACCAAGGAGCUUGGCACCGUCAUGCGUUCCCUGGGGCAGAACCCCACCGAGGCGGAAUUGCAAGACAUGAUCAAUGAGGUGGAUGCUGAUGGGAAUGGCACCAUCGAUUUCCCAGAAUUCCUCACCAUGAUGGCUCGGAAGAUGAAGGACACAGACAGCGAGGAAGAGAUUCGUGAGGCCUUCCGAGUCUUUGACAAGGACGGCAAUGGCUACAUCAGUGCUGCGGAGCUGCGUCACGUCAUGACCAACUUAGGCGAAAAGCUGACGGAUGAAGAAGUUGACGAAAUGAUCCGGGAAGCUGACAUAGAUGGCGAUGGACAAGUCAAUUAUGAAGAGUUUGUACAGAUGAUGACUGCCAAAUAAGAGAAGCAGCUGCCACCCCAUUCCCUUUCCCUGUGCAGAAUGGAAGGACGUGUCUGCUUACCAUAGAAAUCUUCUCCAGCUCCUCCUGUCUGUCCGGCACUCAACGCCUCCAUUGAUGCUUUAGCGGUUUGUGGCCAUUCUCUGCUGUCUCUUCCCCCUCCCUCUUGGUUUACAUACUAGUGCCCGCGGUGGGUGCAGCUGGGAUGGCAGGAAGCCAAUGGAGAGCCCUGGCCAGGAGAAGCAACGCAAGGCCCAACUCCUAGCAUUGUGGGAGGCCCAGUGGUGGAGAGGAACUGCCAUAGUGAAGGCCGCCCCUCCACCCUUGGCUCCACCGCUGCCUUGCGCCUACGCUCCUUCCCUCUCCAAAGGCCACACCCCAGUUAGCGUGUAACCCUUGCAUCCAUGAACUGUUUUGUUCAGCCGAGUGCCUCCUUCCGCCAUCUGCAGUUGUCUUCCUGGGAAUAUCUGCAUAUCUUGGGUAUAUUGUAACUGUUACACCUCUUAAUAAUUGUCGUGCCCUACCUCCUCUUCCCUUACCUUCCAGUGGCUUCAGGGAAUGAUUCUGUUCCAUUCCAGUUGGUGUACGGUUUCUUUUUCUUCUUUUGAAUAAAGUCUGUGUGUUUCAAAAGGGUGGGCCCAGUGUGCUUUGUCUAAAGACAGUUUGCUCCUUCAAGGCAAUAGGCUGCAGCAUCUGUUCUUCUCACCAGCUUGGAAACAAAUCUCUGUAGAGAUCCCCUUCCCAUGCAAAGAGCUCCACAGAUCCCUUUUCAUUCUUGUCUUCCCAGAAACUGGAGAGUAGCAUUUUCUCACAAGCUUCCCACCUUGUGUGAAUCAUCACUGGGACUGGUUCUCUUUUGGUUGUGGGUGGCUUAAAAAUGGGGCAGACAGCCAAUGGGGCACUUUAGCCUGUAGGGAGGCUUUAUUUAUGCAUAAGGGGUGUUUAUGAUGACCUCAGAGCAACAUCAGAUUGGUGGAAUUCAGAAGCUACUGCGCACUAGGAGUCCAACGUGGGAAAGAGUCCAAAAAGUGGGCAAGGCAAGAGAAGGAAAUUAUACACUGGCAUCCAAAACUGCAAGUGUGGCCACAGUGGGGAUCCAUAUGGGCAGACGGUGAGGGCUGCAGUUGGAUCUCUGGGGCCUAAUGAAAACACAAUCAAGGGAUCAUCUUGAGUUCUGCAUGUUAACCUUGACACAUACCCUGUUCCAGGCCUCUUGCAUCAAGCUCUGCAAAUCAAACCAGAGGUUGGGUCUGCUCAUCUGGAUUUGCUGCAGGAAUGCAUCAACCGCACAAUUUCCAUGUUGCCUUUGGACUAUCCUGGGUCUAGUAUAUACAGUAUCUAUGAAAUAAAGUUCAGUCUGGCCAAGUUUAUCUCAUGACUGGUAAGUGCUCCGGUUUUGGCUAAGUGGGUGAUUAGACCUUGCUGUUGCAUUUGGUGACAACCUCUGUUGCACUUGGAGAGGGAGGCAUAGGCUUCCCAGUGCCAAGAGUAAGACAAAACACUUUGGCUUCAGAGGUGAUUUUUAUUUUCAAAUAAAAAAUACACAAGGUUUGGUUGCAUGGAUGAGAUGCCCCUGAUGGCUGGUUCUUGGCCUUUUGUGCUGCUUAAGAAUACAUUCCCACUCAAUCCUCCACCAUCUCUUCAGCAUAGAGUAUGGGGGAUAUGGCAAUUAAGACACACACACACACACACACACACGUACGUAUAAACAGAAACACACAUGGAUACCCAAUUCCCCAAGGAGAGGGAGCCCCCUCACUCCCCAAAUGAAAAAAGCUGCCAAGUGCAAAAAAAACAACAAAAAAAAAACCGAGGGGGAGCAGCUGGCAAGACUCUUUUCGGUAAGCAUCUCUGCUACAAAUCUAAACUUUUUUAAUGGCAGUUAUUGUCGUGCUAUUCCCAAAAGGGGAAAUGUAGUUUUGGUACAGGUGUUGAGAAUUCCUUGUUUGAGAUCUUUGCAGUUUAUUUAAAUAGAGUUCCUUAGCUGAGAGUCCACUUAAAACAAGUUAGACAGUUCAAAUAAGUAGCAUAGAUAUAUGCCCAGAGUUUCUCUGUUAAACACCGACCCAUUCACACUGGUGACGAAGCAAGAAUGGGUUCUCUGGGGAAGAACAGAUAAAUGUUUCACACUCGCUCACUCCCAAAGGGAAUGGAAGCAGAAGAGCUGUUUUGGGACCCUCUCCCCAUCAUAUUGUGACCAAAACAAACACAUUUUCUCUCCUCUAGUCCAUUUUCCUCAAAUCAGCAAGAAGCAUUUAGGAGCUGCCCAGGAAAUCCAAUUCAUCUCCAAAAGAAAUUGCACUUUUUCAUGCCCAGGAAGGGGGAAAGGGUUUUUUUUUUUUUUGAGGGGGAAUAUUAUCUGUGGUUUCACUUUCCUGCCCCUCAAUAUCAGUUAAAAAAGGCGGGUGGGUGGAAAUUUUGUGAAACACAGAAAAGAAAGAAUUUGUUUAAAUAUUUUCCCUUAAGGUGAAGACUUUAUAUUCUAACACCAAAGCUAGAUUAGCUAUAAAUAGUGAGGUGAGAGCAGUUUUCUUCAGCUGUUGAGGAUGUAAGGUAAUUACUGAGGGAAUUCAAGCUAGUUAAAAGGCUGACCUCACUGCAUAUCCUGGGUUGAAUUGAUACAGCUAGUUAAUCCAUGAAAUAGAUUUCAAAAUUUCCACUUUUUGGGGUUGGCGAGGGAGGAACCUAUUAUUUCCCCCUCUCUGGCUUCAAAGUUACCAGGUAGUUUAUCUCUAUAAUUGCACUUCCCUUUAAAGUGACUAACAAUGCACUCCUAUCUACGUCUACUCAGAAGCAAGUGCUAUUGUUUCAAUGAGACUUCCUUCUAUGUAAAUGUGUAAAAGAUUGCUGUCUAAACCUAAUUCUCCCCUUUCCUCUUAUUUCAGGGCAUUCUGGCAUAUUAUUUUACUACAAUAACAUUUUCAUUCCAGAUUAGAUAAUCUAGACAGACGCAUACACAUGCCUUUCUAUUCAUACACUUGCUAUAUACUAGAAUUUCUUAGAUCUGGGCCUCAAUAGUGAUUACCACCUUAACACAGUUCUGCAUCUUUAAGAACCUGCUGGAUCAGGCCAAAGCCCUAUCUAGUCCAGCAUUCCAUUCUCACAGUGGCCAGGCAGAUGCCUAUGGGGAACCCACAAGCAGGAAAUGAGGACAGCAGUCUUCUGCUGUUUUCCCUCCCAUUAUUCAGAAGCAUGGUGCCUUUGAGCUGGGAGGUAGUAUACAGGCACUAGGAUUAGUAGCCAUUGAUAGCCUUGUCCCCCUUUUAAAGCCAUCCAAAUUGGUGGCCAUCAACUAUGGCUGUGAGUUCCAUAGUUAAUUCCGCACCUUUUAAACCAGUCCUCCAUUUUAUCUGCUCUGAAUCUCCAGAGUCAUUGGCUGACUUCAGGUUUCAGUCAUCCCCCCUUAAUCUGAUUAACAAAUGUAGGUAAUUAGAAUCCCUCUACACCCCUAUUCCCAGUGCUCCACAAACAUGUACGAAAACACGUGCUUUUAAAAGCUUGGACUUUUGACAAAAUUUGAACAUAAGCUUUCUGCAACAGUAGUGUAAGCAAAAUGGGGUUACAAAAACCCCACAAAUUAAUCAUAGAAUUGUAGAGUUGGAAGGGGCCCUCAGGGUCAUCUCCUACCCACCUGCAAUGCAGAAAUCUCAACUAAAGCAUCAGUGACGUAUGGACAUCCAACCUCUGCUUAAAAACUUCAAAUGUUGCAACAUGACUUUCACAUUUAUACAGUUACAGAUGGGGUGGGUCUUUGUAGUAAAAAAAUAAAUCUGAAUUUUGGAAAUGGGAUCUCUGUGCAAACUUCCAAGUUGUGAUGAGCGAAGUUCUAAAUUUCUGUUUAAUGAUCCUAUCCAAGCUAAUGCAAUCAGGGUCCUGCUCUCAAAUUAGAAGUGAGCAAAAUUCAACACUUCCAUUUUGUCUGUCUUAAAAAGUGGGAAGUAACUGGUUCUAACUAAAAUCUGAUUCCCAGUGCAGUUACAAUGUGUUAACAGAAUUGGAUUUAACAAUGUGAUGAAGUUCCUUCCCCAUCUUUCUACAUUUUUUCUUGUUCUACCUCUUAAGUGAACAAGGAGAUGGGACAGAUUUCUGAAGCUGAGAGAGAGAUUGAUUUUCUCCCUUCCCACUGCUAAAUUCAAGUGUGUUAUCACACAAACUCCACCCCUCAAGCCUGCCUGCAGCAUUUUUUUAAA